AUGGACUAUAAGAAAAUCACAGAUGAAGUUUCAGAAAAAAUUUUAUCGUACAGUCAAGAUACUUCAGGAUGGAGAGUGAUAAAAGUUUCAAAAAAUGUUACAGUUUCUUCAAAGCCUUCCAAAGAGUAUGCAGGAAAUAUAUACCGUGGAGAAGGGAUCAUUAAGGAAGUCCCUAGCAAAAUUAUUCCUUUUAUGUAUCUUCCUGAAUAUCGAAACAAAUGGGACAAAGCAUUACAAUCUUACAAGCUGUUAGAAAGGAUCGACCAGGACACCGGUAUAUACCACAGUGUAACGCACAGUUAUGGGAUGGGACUGAUUUCAUCAAGAGAUUUUGUCGACCUGCUGCAUGUCAAACCAUAUCCUGGUGGUAUCCUUACAACUAACUCUGUCAGCGUGGAAUACUCUGACUGCCCUCCGACUCCCUCUUGUGUCCGAGGCUACAACAAUCCCUGCGGAUACGUGUGUUCACCUUUGCCUGAGAAUCCAGAGCAUUCUAAGCUAGUUGUAUUUAUCCAGCCAGAACUAGGAGGAAUGCUUCCCUCUUCCAUAGUGGAGACAGCAUUACCUACUACCCUCAUAAACUUACUCACUGAAACAAGAGCUGGACUGAAAGGCUUGAAAGAUCAGAAUUAA